CCCACCUGACACUAUAAAAUGGCAGCAACGAGCACCCAACUCUUCCCUCCUCUGCUGAUCUCCAUCGAGUAUCUCCCACUAAACCACACACACUGGACCCCUCUCUGCUGCCGCACUGCUCCCAUCUUGUUCGAAAAUGCCGCGCCAUCUGCUGCAGGAGUCCGUCGACCGCCUGGCCGCGAUGGCCGAGCCGCCGGCGUCGGCGGCCGGCGGUGCUGGGGGCGUGCACACGGACACGAUCCUCAUCAUGGCGGCGGUGCUCUGCUUCCUGCUCUGCGUGGUCGGGCUGGCGCUCGUCGCGCGGUGGUCCAGGUUCUGCAACCCAUCCGCAUACUCCGUCGACGCAAUGGCGGCCAAGGCGCCCUGCAAGGGGAUAAAAAAGAAGGCGCUGCAGUCGCUGCCCACCGUGUCGUGGGCGGCGCCGGAGCAGAGUGAGCAGCAGGAAGAGGUGCCGGAGUGCGCCAUCUGCCUCGCCGAGUUCGCGCCCGGCGACGAGGUGCGCGUGCUCCCGACGUGCGGCCACGGCUUCCACGCCGCCUGCGUCGACGUCUGGCUCCUCUCCAGGUCCACCUGCCCCUCCUGCCGCCGCGCCCUCGUCGUCUCGCUGCCGCCAGCAACCGAACCUCCGACGACGACAAGGUGCUGUGAGCGGCCCGGCGUUGCUCUGCAGUACUCGGCCACCGGCGCGGCCGCAUCUCGUUGCCGGUCCUCGGCACAGUAG